UUCGUGCUUUCGAGAUUAAGCGGACGGGAGCUACUUUUCCUUACAAGAGCACUAUGCCAAGGGAGUGUUACCAGUGUCGGUUAUAGUAGCCAAUAUUUUCUUUCCGUGAGUCCCAUAACGCGUCUCACACUUUCAAAGUUUAUUACCAGUCAGACAUGGCUGCCCAGUGUGUAACCAAGGUGGAGCUGACUGUGUCCUGUGAGAACCUCCUGGACAAAGACGUCGGCUCAAAGUCAGACCCCCUGUGUGUCCUGUUAAUGAACAGCUCUGAUUCUCAGUGGUAUGAGGUGGGUCGCACAGAGAAAGUCCAGAAUUGUCUCAGCCCAAAGUUCGCAAAGAAGUUUGUCGUUGAUUACUACUUUGAAAUAGUGCAAAAGCUGAAGUUUGGAGUUUAUGACAUUGACAACAAGACAAUUGACCUGACUGACGAUGACUUCCUGGGUGAACUAGAAUGCACCCUGGGCCAAGUUGUAUCUAGUAAGAAACUGACCCGACCGCUUGUGUUGAAGAACAAAUCACCAGCAGGGAAAGGGACCAUCACAAUCAAUGCAGAGGAAAUAAAAGACAAUAGGGUGGUGAAUUUUGAAGUGGCAGCAAGAAAACUAGACAACAAGGAUUUGUUUGGAAAGUCCGACCCCUACCUGGAGUUCUACAAGCAGACAGAAACAGGCUGGCAGCUGGCUCACAGAACAGAGGUGGUGAAGAACAACUUGAAUCCAACAUGGAGGCCGUUUCGAAUCCCUCUGCAGUCUCUCUGUGGAGGAGACAUGGAGAAGCCAAUAAAAGUUGAGUGUUACGACUACGACAAUGACGGGUCACAUGAUCUUAUUGGAGUCUUUGAGACGACAAUGAAACGCCUCCAAGAAGCCUCACACACUUCUCCGGCAGAGUUUGAAUGCAUCAACAGUAAAAAGAAACAGAAGAAGAAAGGCUACAAGAACUCUGGUGUUGUGAGCGUAAAGCUGUGCCAGGUGGUGAAGGAGUAUACCUUCUUGGAUUAUAUUAUGGGAGGCUGUCAGAUUAACUUCACUGUGGCCGUUGACUUCACAGGUUCCAACGGGGAUCCUCGGUCACCCCAGUCUCUGCAUUACAUUAGUCCCCAGGGUGUUAAUGAGUAUCUCACUGCAAUCUGGUCAGUGGGUAAUGUCAUCCAGGACUAUGACAGUGAUAAGAUGUUUCCUGCAUUUGGCUUUGGAGCCCAGAUUCCACCCACAUGGCAGGUUUCCCAUGAGUUUCCGCUCAAUUUCAACCCAUCAAAUCCAUUUUGUGCAGGUGUUGAAGGUGUGGUUGAAGCCUACAGAAGCUGCCUGCCUCAAGUCAAACUGUACGGCCCCACCAAUUUCUCCCCGAUUAUCAACCACGUGGCCUGCUUUGCAAAGCAAGCCCUCCAGCAGACCACUGCAGCUCAAUAUUUUGUUCUGCUGAUCAUCACUGAUGGAGUGAUCACGGACAUGGACGAGACGCGCAACGCUAUCGUCAACGCAUCUCGCCUGCCCAUGUCUAUCAUCAUCGUCGGGGUCGGAGGGGCGGACUUCAGUGCCAUGGAGUUCCUGGAUGGAGACGAUGGUCGUUUGCGCUCUCUCACUGGCGAGGCUGCCAUGAGAGACAUUGUCCAGUUUGUACCAUUCAGGCAGUUUCAAAAUGCACCGAAGGAAGCGCUGGCAAAGACCGUGCUGGCUGAAGUACCAGGUCAGCUGGUGGAUUUUUUUAAUACCAUGAAACUGAGUCCACCCAACUCCAACCCUGCAACCAACCCUGCAACCAACCCUGCAACCAACCCUGCAACCAACCCUGCAACCAACCCUGCAACCAACCCUGCAGGCACUGUGUAGCAGACUCAUCUCAUCUCCAGCAACUAUAGAUCACCUCAUAGCUUCCUCACAUUAUCCAAUCACCACACUGAGAUAAUAGAAAACACAUCCUACACAAUCACUCUCCUCGGUUGAAUAAUCUGUUAUUGCUUUUAGAUGCUAAAACAGGCUUGGUGCUUUUGAGAUUACAGUGAAUUCUAAAGCAACUGCAAGAUAACCCACACUAAGAUUUAAGGCUUUAGUGUUAAUGUAAUAUUUACUGAAUAACAGGAUAUUCAGAUUUACAAGAUAAUACACUGCAAAGCAGUGUGAUUAAUUUUUUUUUAAUGCGUGUUUGUUGGCUCCAGAAGCAAAUUAUAAAAAUUAGGUAAAAUGUAGAAUAGGGAGUUCUGGGCUUCUCUGCUUAGGCUGCUGCCCCCACGAGCCGGCCCCAGAUAAGC